GGAUUGGAACUUAAGUUACAAAAAUAUGAAGAAACUGCUAUAGUUGGCAAUGUUAUGAAAGAUCAGCUCAGUAAACUAAGUGAGAUAGAAAGAGAAAAUAAAAAAUUGAAAGAAGAAAAUGAAUAUUUUAGGGAGUCAAAAGAGAACUAUGCAUUGCUACAAGAAAGAUGUAACAGUCUGGAGACUAAACUAAGUAGAUCAGAUUCUAGAAUUAUUCAAACCACUAAACUGCAGAUUGAAAAUGAAGAAUUGCAAGAAAAACUAAAGCGAUGGGAAACAAUGGAUGCUGGCGGUACUAUUAAAGCGAGAUCUCCACAGGAGUUAACAAGACAGGUUGCUGAACUACAACAAAAGGAGGCAUUGUUACUAGCUCAACAAGGACAGGCUUCAACUAGUGCCCAUAGUUUUGAACAAGCCUACAAAUCAAUUGAAAUAAAGGAUGUCACUGAAGAAGGAGGUGCUGCUAGACUUGCUGCUGCAAAGCUGAAAUUAGAAGUGGCACAACUAAAACAACAACUGGAGAUUGUUGCUGUUAAUACUACAAUCAGUGCUGUGAAUCCUACAGAAUAUAAAGAGCUGAAAGACAGACUUGCACAGAUGGAGAAAGAAAACCUCUCUCUGGCUGAGAGAAAUGAGACUUUAGAAGCUAUAUUUGAACAGCGAGAUAUGCAGUUUCCUUGA